AUGAUAUGUUGUCUGUUAUUAAUGCAGAAUUUACGUGCACAAAACAUUCUAGUGACACGAUGUAUUCGCCGACAACGAAAUCGUUAUCGAAGACGAGCACCAUACUAUUGGACUCUUCCUCGUCCAGUCGAAUCGUGGUUCGAGAUCCAUUAUACUGAUCGAACAAUACCUGGGGACUACUUUCGAAGGCUCUUACGAAUGAACAGAGAAAGCUUUGAUUUGUUGCUCAACGUAAUUCGUAACUGGCUGACGAGACAGAAUACAGUUCUGCGAAAUUGCCUCACUCCUGAAAAGGUCCUUGCUUGUGGUUUGCUUCGCCUUUGUGGUCACAGCCUUGCACACGGAAAUUCAUACGAAACAAUAGGACCUGCGCUAAACGUCGGCAGAACUACAGCAAUAGAGGCUUGUCAAGACGUGGUUGAGGCUCUUUAUGACUUAAGGAAUGAGUACAUCGAAUUCCCAACAACAGUGGCCGAGACAAUGAGGUUUAUAGAGACAUUAACGGACAAAUCACGACUUCCAAACAUUGUUGGGGCCAUAGAUGGCACUCAUAUCAAAAUAGUUGCUCCUAGAGACAGUGCUGUUGAUUAUUUUAGUCGAAAUCAGCAACAUGAUUUCAUUAUUCAGGCCGUUGCUGACGGUAAGGGAUUAUUUCUUGACUUUGCAGCGGGUUAUCCGGGAAGUAUCCACGACGCUAGGGUAUAUCGAAACAGCUCGCUUUAUCUAAGAGCAAGCAACGGAGAUAUACUCAAGGAACCCGUUGAAAGAAUCGGCAUCACAGAUAUUCAGCCUUACCUGGUAGGAGACAGCGCAUACCCCAUUUCCCCCUGGCUUAUGAAGCCUUAUCCUGAAGAGACGCGUGACCCUGGCGAGAUAACAUUUAACAAGGAACUGUUGUCUGCACGAGUAACGAUCGAGUGCGCUUUUGGCUGCCUUAAAAGUCGUUGGCGAAUUCUACAAAAGCGGUUGGAUAGCAGAAUAACUUUUUCUGUGAAGAUUGCCAUUGCUUGUGCAGUGCUGCAUAACUUUUGCAUUAAAAUUGGGGACGAAUGGGAGGAUGAUUUUUACGAUGACGAUGAUGACCGUGAAACGAAAAGAACAAUGACUUAA